UCGGCGCUUUCGGCCUUCCCCAGUGGUGUUUGGACUUUGGACACGACACAGUGACAGAAAGGAUACACAGUCCACAACCCUCGGCAAUAAAGGCAGCCAAAAGCGCGGGACUCGGCGGCGGCCAACUCCUGUAUUUUACAGCCAAGCUAAAGCAUCAUCUUCCUUCCCAGGCUCUGAGGUCAAUUUCCCUCUCAACUGCCGAGCCCAUGGAGAACUCUUCUCCUUCUUCUUCUCCUCCUCCUCAUUCCCCUACGCUUUCUAGUUCAAGUUCUGGUGCGUUCCUCUCCAACCUCCCCUCUCGUGGCUUUUUGUCUUCAACUGUUCUCUCCUCCAAUCCGGGUGGAAUUCGAGUUUAUAUUUGCGAGCAUGAGACACUACCUCCAGAGGACCAGCUGAUACACACGAACCAGACAAACAUAUUGAUUAGAUCACUCCAGCUUAAGAAACAGAAGGGUGAACCUGGUCCAAAAGAUGCAAACGGAUCAAAUGCAGCCGAGGGUUCUAGGAAAAGGGCCUCAGAAAAAGUUAUGGAUGGGAGGGCGUCGGCUAAGAGAAGCAACAACCAAAGUGGUCUGCAACCUGAGGGGUCUGGAAGUCGGACGUCUGACAAGGAUUUGUACAGUUUGACAGUAGAGAGGCUCCGUGUUCUGCUAAAGGAGAGAGGCCUUUCACCAAAAGGGAAGAAGUCAUUCGAAGAGUUGAAUUUCUUGAAAUUUAUGCAGGAUGAACUGGUUGCCAGAUUGAGAAGUGCCAACGGGUAACUGUAUAAUAGAGGUAGGCAGAGCAAUAGUCGGGUGCGCUGGCAUGGCAGGAAAACGAGUAGGCAAUUUUUGGUGUGUAAAGUGGCAGAUGGUACUUGUGGGGAGGGGGUUAUUAAAGAGAGGGAAGACGAAACAGAAAACAAGUGCCGUAGGUUAUGAUUGUGCUUGUCGCUGCUGCGGCAUUGUCUACUAUAUGUACCAUAGUUUGGGUGUUUCUUGAAAUUUCCUUUUGGUGUCCCUUUGAAUUCUGGCUACCCAAUUUUGGAACAAGUAUACUCUACAAUUGCUGUAGUGUUGGUGACUAAGGUCUUUGAAUUUAUCGCUAUUUCGUUGC